CUUUGUAUGCAAUGUAAUUAUAUAGUCAGUUACAUGAACUAUAUGCUAGUCCUUUGAGGUCAUGCGACUAUUGCCCUGGUUUUUAGAUCCAUGGCACGCCCGUGGUGAUGUAUCGCGGUAUUUACUUGCUCGCUAUCCUGGGAGAUUGAGAGAGAAGGCUGCUGUGUUAUUAUGUCGAAAGUUUCCCUGUCUAGGAUCGUUGCUGGGUGAGCCUCUUGGAAAAUGGCCAUCUUCUGUAGACCCAGCGCCAAUUAACAUGUCUACGGUGCCUGAGGAUGAAUCUAGUAUAACCUAUUUGGGCCAUAGAACCGUUUAUUUUCAAACUGGAGGCGCUUCUUUUUUGACGGAUCCCGUAUUUUCACGUCGUCUUUUCAUCCCGAUUUUUGGAUUACGUCGAGUGACCAACAGACUCAUCAAGUACUGGCAGUGUCCCAUGACGGAUUUUGUAUUAUUAUCUAAUAAUUCAGUUGGUUGUGUCGAUGCCUUUAGCAUGCGCCGUUUGGGCGACCUAGGAUCGGCAUUAGUCAUUGGUGGCAUGAACAUAUCACGUUUUGUUAUUAUGUUUUUUAAUCGUUAUACAUAUCCACUUCGUUGGUACGAAACUGUCAGCUUCGGUAGUGUGGAGGUGACAUUUUUACCAUCGUUUUCAAAUAGUGGUCGCUUCUGGCACAGGCGUGACUUACUUCUUUGGGGUUCAUUUUUUGUACGUUCUAACACAAGAACAUUUUAUUAUGGCGGUCGAACAGCUUACAGUGGCCAUUUUCGUGAGAUUCACGAUUUUUUAAAAGAGAACGGACACGUUAUCGACAUUGCCAUUCUACCGAUGGGACCUAUAUAUCAUCACAGUCCUGAGUUGACUCCUGAAGAGUUGGUAAAAGCUCACAUAGACUUGGGAGCUAAGUAUACCAUACCAGUUGGGUAUGACACUUUCCCUUUAGGUAGGGAAGCUUACGGUGAGCUGCUAAAUCGUCUGGAAGCCCAUAUCGAAGUGGUUAAUCCUUCUUUACGCAAGAAUUUUAUUAUAUUGCGCGAGGGUGAAACCGUGAAUUUAACUAACCUAGAAAACAUAGGUUCAACCAGAUCCAAUGCUGGAAGUGAAGAGAACACAAAAUGUGUUUAACCAAUUCCUACAACAUCGCUGUCCACU